GCGCUAUUUUCUUUUGUAAUUGAUCUUCUGAAUUCGAUUUCUUCUACCUCUCUCCGCGCUGCUUUAGUUGCGAGCAAGAACACCGAGAGAGUCGCGUGAUAUUUACACAGACUGGAGAAUGUCGCGGCCGCUCCAUCGUGGUGGACCUGGCGGACGGAUUUCCGAGAUUAGUCGUGAUUCCUGGGAUUCUCAGAGGAAAGAUAGAAUAGAUAAGGAAGACACAGAUAGAAGUCGCUCUCCCCACAGUCAUUCCUACUUAUCAUUGCGAUUCCUUGCUAGUUUAUUUUUCCCUGACAAUCAUUCCUCCAAAUGGCCCUCGAUUGAGAAUGGUUUUGGAUCUGAUUACACAAACUUUGCAGCUCCCAGAAGCAGGCAGAACUUCAUCCUGCUGUUUCUCAAGUUCAGUUUAGUUCUGGUUGUAAUUUUUGCUAUUUCGGGGUCUCUUUGGUGGACGAUCUCAAUAUCAGCGUCAUCGAGAGGUAACAUCUUCCGGGGUUAUAGGCGACUCCAAGAACAGCUUAUCACAGACCUUGCAGAUAUUGGAGUGCUCUCACUUGGUCUGGCGAAGCUAAAAGAGGUGGAAAUCUGUCCGGAGGAGUAUGAAAAUUAUGUUCCGUGCUUCAAUGUUUCUGAAAAUCGCGCUUUAGGUUAUUCUGAUGGCAAUGAGUAUGACCGUCUGUGCCUUCGUGGAUCUAUACAAGGUUGCCUUGUUCCUCCACCUAAAAAUUACAAAAUUCCUCUCAGGUGGCCUACCGGGCGAGAUCUCAUCUGGAUUGCAAACGUGAAAAUUACUGCCCAAGCGGUUCUUUCCUCUGGAAGCUUCACCAAGAGGAUGAUGAUGUUGGAGGAAGAUCAGAUAUCUUUUCAUUCAGACUCUAUCAUGGUUGAUGGCAUUGAAGACUAUUCUCAUCAAAUAGCGGAAAUGAUUGGGCUAAGAAAUGAAGCUAAUUUCCUUGAUGCUGGCGUUAGAACUGUCUUAGACAUUGGAUGUGGUUAUGGUAGUUUUGGAGCGCACCUCUUCUCUAAGCAGUUGUUGACCAUGUGCAUAGCAAAUUAUGAGAUCUCGGGCAGUCAAGUUCAACUAACUCUUGAAAGAGGACUUCCUGCAAUGAUCGGUUCUUUUACAUCAAAACAAUUGCCAUAUCCAUCUCUUUCCUUUGAUAUGUUGCAUUGUGCACGAUGCGGGGUUGACUGGGAGCAGAAAGAUGGUCUCUUCUUGCUUGAAGUUGAUAGAGUUCUGAAGCCUGGUGGUUACUUUGUUUGGACUUCACCACUUGCAAACACUCCGAAGUCACUGCGUGAUGUGGAAAGUCAGAAGAAAUGGGCACUUAUUCGAGACUUUGCAGAAAAUAUCUGCUGGAGUAUGCUAUCACAACAAGAUGAAACUGUUAUCUGGAAAAAGACUAGCAAAAGAGACUGCUAUGCUUCUCGGAAGUCUGGAGUGGGUCCUUCUAUUUGUAGUAAGGGCCAUGAUGUUGAAACUCCAUAUUACCGACCUCUCGAACUUUGCAUAGGAGGAACUCAAGGCGGUCGAUGGAUUCCUAUUGAAGGGCGAACGACCUGGCCUUCACGGGCUAAAUUGAACUCGAGUGAACUCGAUAUCUAUGGUGUACAUUCAGAUGACUUUGCUGAGGAUGCUCUUAAAUGGGACUCGGUGAUCCGCAAUUAUUGGUCUCUUCUCUCACCUCUGAUAUUCUCAGAUCACCCAAAGAGACCUGGCGAUGAAGAUCCUUCCCCACCUUUUAACAUGCUCAGAAAUGUAUUAGACAUGAAUGCUCGAUUUGGUGGUUUAAAUGCUGCCUUAUUGGAUGCUGGAAAAACUGUAUGGGUCAUGAAUGUGGUGCCCACAAAUGGUCCUAACUACCUCCCCCUAAUCCUCGAUAGGGGAUUUGUCGGUGUUUUGCACGACUGGUGUGAAGCCUUUCCAACAUAUCCUAGAACUUAUGAUAUGGUGCAUGCUGAGGGACUGCUAUCGCUUGAAACUGGUCAGCAGCGCAGGUGCACCAUGUAUGAUUUAUUCUUGGAGAUGGAUCGUAUCCUUCGGCCAGAGGGUUGGAUAAUACUUCACGACACAGCUCCACUCAUUGAAGCGGCAAGAGCUCUUGCAACACAGCUGAAAUGGGAUGCACGCAUGGUGCAGAUUGAGAGCAACAGCGAUGAGAGACUCCUAAUCUGCCAGAAGCCCUUCAUCAAGAAACAACAGAAAUAAAUACCAUUUACUGAAUCCUGAGAAAAAAAUGUAGUAUUCACUAUUCGUUGAAAUUUCCUUAUUUUAGUUAGUUGUCAUAAAGUUCCACCUAGAAAUAUUCGAGAAGUUUUGAACAGAGAGAGAGAGAGAGAAGAGUGCGAUGGGCACAACUACAAAAACUCCUACAGAGCCGCAAGGUGUCAGUAGGGCCAUGUAAUUACUUCAAAUUGAAGAAGUUGAGAGUACAGGGGUAGGUUUAUUUUUUCCACACCAUGUCAUUGUAAGAAUACAGCCCAUAGAGGUGGUGAUGAUUGUUAGAUUUUGUUAAGAAGGUUGUGGAAUAAAUGAAUGAUGCUGUAUUAUAUUGAAUGUUGGAUAACGCAUUAUUGGAGGAAUUCUUUUGUUCAUCA